GGGGCAGCACGUCCUUCUCCCACUGCCCCUGAGAUGGCGGAGAUUAGUCGAAGUCGGUAUGAAAUGGGUUAUACUGAAGGCAUUAGUCAGCAAAUGAGGGUCCCAGAGAAAUUAAAGGUAGCGCAACCAAAUGCAGACCUGGAACAAGGGUUCACAGAAGGAGUUCCAAAUGCUAGUGUCCUUGUGUGGGUUCCAGAAAGGACUGUUGUGGCAGGAAAUAAUGAAGACAAUCCAUUUUCAAGACCAGAAGAUCUUGACCUCAUUCAGUCAACUCCCUUUAAACCUCGCACAUCACCUCGGGUACUUACACUAAGGGAAAGACCACUAGAUUUUCUGGAUUUAGAAGGACCUCCUCAAAACGAAGAAAUCUGUGCAGUUGGCAGGCGAAAAAGAGAGCGCACUAUGAGUGAAAAUGCUGUUUGCCAAAACGGACAGCUGGUCAGAGCUGACUCCGUGCAGGGCACGUCACGUACGGAUACGACGACUGAAGGAACGUCAGACGACAGGACUGUUACAGGUGCAGCUUCGUUAAGACGACAGACACUCAAACUAAACAGACGUCUGCAACUUCCAAAAGAGGAGAAUGAAGAGUGUUCCAAAAGAGAAAUGGUCAUGUAUUCAGUUAUUGUAGCGUUCUGGCUGCCUAAGAGCUGGCUCUGGUUUCGCUGCUAG